AAAGGUCAAACCAUACACAUUUUCUUUUCUUAAUAAUAUCCCAUUAAAAAUCAUUAGAUACACUUGAAAAUUUUGUGAAGUUACAAGGAAAAAAGAAAAGCAAAGCAAAAUGAGUCCUAAAGCUCCUAUUGAUCUUCCUGUCAUAGAUUUCUCCAAGUUAGGACUGAAUCCAGGCAGUAACAUUGAAGAUCAGUGGGAUUCUGUAAAAUCCCAAGUUCUGAAAGCUGCAGAAGAGUAUGGCUGUUUCAAGGUUAUGUCCACUAAAAUCUCUUCAGAGCUAAAGAACGGAAUCAUGAGUAAUCUAGAAGAGCUUUUUGCCCUACCUUUAGAGACCAAAAUGAAUAAUACUUCAGAAAUACCCAAUGCUGGCUACAUUGGAAAGACACCCUUUACGCCAUUGUUUGAGAGUAUAGGCAUUGUUGAUCCUGUGAAUUUGGCAAAGGUCGAAAGCCUAGCCAAUGCCCUGUGGCCAGAAGGAAACCCAAGUUUCAGCAAGAACAUACAGUGUUAUUCUGAACAAGUACUGGAAAUAGAAAAAAUAAUAAGAAGGAUGGUGGUGGAAGGCUUGGGGCUUGAGAAGUACUUGGAUGAACACUUGAACUCAAGUGAUUCUUGUAUUAGGGUUAUCAAAUAUGAAUGCCCUAAAACCACUGAGGCAGAGAUUGGCCUAGCUGCUCAUACUGAUCAUGGCAUGAUCGCAAUCCUUUAUCAAAAUCAGGUUGAUGGAUUAGAGGUCGAGACCAAAACUGGCGAGUGGAUUGAUGUCAAGCUCGAACCGGAUCAGUUCAUAGUCAUCAUUGGAGAAUCUUUUCUAGCAUGGACUAAUGGCCGUAUCUAUGCUCCAAAUCAUCGUGUCACAAUGGCCGGAAAAGAUGUGAGAUACUCAGUGGGAACAUUUACAGCAUUUAAAGCAGGGUACAUUGUGAAAGCUCCGGUGGAGCUAGUGGAUGAAGAGCAUCCCUUGCUUUACAAGCCUUUUGAUUUUCUGGAAGUCCUGAAACGCCACCAGGAAGAAGCACAGAAGAGCAGUGAAAAACCUGAAAAGGCUUUUGCUCCUUUAAAAGCUUAUUAUGGUGCUUGAAAUUGAAAUUGAAACUGAAUAUGCACAUGAUAUUUCAAAGUUGAUUGGAUUAAAUUUCUUUUGAUCUAUGUUGCUAAUGGCUUUGUAAAUGCUUUUGAAUUUUAAAGAAGUCAUGUAAUGAUUGCUUGCCUAUAUAAGCCUCUGUUAAUCAUAGCUUCAAUAAUUGGGAAACCUCAUUCUUUUGCUUGGGACCAUGU